CGCGCCCCCAAAGUGGCUCCUAGCCCGCGCCCACUUCCAGGCUUUGGGGGACAGAGAAAGUGAUGCGCGCCUCUUAAAGCCAAGCAAAGCCGCCGCCGCCUGAGCAGCUGCGCCCCAACUUUCUCCCCCCACCCGUACGCCUUCUCCCCUUGGUCUCGCCCCUCACCCUCCCCAGAGCCACUUCGGAAAUAGGCUGUGUGCGCGCGGGAAACAGGGUCACCGGCGGUCCGGGAUGGCUUCCAAUUUUAAUGACAUAGUGAAGCAGGGCUACGUGAGGAUCCGGAGCAGGCGCCUCGGGAUUUAUCAACGAUGCUGGUUAGUAUUCAAGAAGGCUUCAAGCAAAGGCCCAAAAAGGCUGGAGAAGUUUUCCGAUGAGAGAGCUGCGUACUUCCGGUGUUAUCAUAAGGUUACCGAACUCAACAAUGUGAAGAAUGUAGCGAGAUUGCCAAAGAGCACCAAGAAACACGCCAUAGGGAUUUAUUUCAAUGAUGAUACCUCUAAGACCUUUGCUUGUGAAUCAGAUCUGGAGGCUGACGAAUGGUGCAAAGCCCUCCAGGUGGAGUGCAUCGGGGCACGGAUCAAUGACAUUAGCCUCGGAGAACCCGACUUACUGGCCACAGGGGUGGAGAGAGAACAGAAUGAGAGAUUCAAUGUGUAUUUGAUGCCAUCUCCUAACUUAGAUGUACAUGGCGAAUGUGCCUUGCAGAUUACAUAUGAGCAUAUCUGUCUUUGGGACAUCCAGAAUCCCAGAGUCAAACUCAUCUCUUGGCCGCUAAGCGCCCUGCGGCGGUAUGGACGUGAUGCCACGUGGUUCACAUUUGAGGCAGGGAGGAUGUGUGAGACUGGUGAAGGGCUGUUUAUCUUUCAAACCCGGGAUGGGGAGGCCAUCUAUCAGAAAGUCCAUUCAGCCGCCUUGGCGAUAGCGGAGCAGCACGAACGCUUGCUGCAGAGCGUGAAGAAUUCAAUGCUGCAGAUGAAGAUGAGUGAGCGGGCCGCCUCCCUUAGCACCAUGGUACCCCUGCCCCGCAGCGCGUAUUGGCAGCACAUUACCCGGCAGCAUAGCACCGGCCAGCUGUACCGCCUGCAAGAUGUCUCCAGCCCUCUGAAGCUUCACCGGACAGAGACUUUUCCUGCCUACCGAUCUGAGCACUGA